AUGUCUCACGCAAGUCGCAAUCCUGGUUCCAAACCAGGCAGUGCUGCAUCAGCAAGCCGAACCUCUCAUUCCAGCUCGAUCUCGCGGAGGAGCUCCGGAAUGUCUCGUCACUCGACCUCUGCUCACUCGCGCGCUUCGACAUGCUCUCACUCUCACUCUCACCCUUCAGCCUCUGUCCAUUCUCGCCCUCGAGACUCUGUGCGGUCCUCUCCUCCAAGCUCAGUUCAUUCUCGUCCACCUGGUUCCGUGCACUCUCAUCCUCCAAGUUCUGUACAUUCUCACAAUCGCAACGGAGUGCGAGGCAGCGCACUGCACCACCAAUAUGAAGACCAAGAUGGCUAUGACGAAGCCUACGGGGAGCCCAACCUAGAAGCACAACUCCGCUUCUCCGCCGAGCUGACGGCCGGCGAGCCGCCGGUCGAGGUAUACGACAGCGUCAGCCAAGUGGGCCACCGGCUUCGCAAUAAUAGACACCACGCGCAACUCCCACCGUUAUCCAUGCCUCCACCACCGCUACCUCGGUCGCAAGUGCAACACUCACCGGCGUCAUCUAGAUUCCACGGCUCACGAGCAGGAGGAGGCGAGCGCCGACGCUCAGUCGGACGGGCCGUCAAUGAAUUAUCCACGGGAUCCAGUCCCCAGAGAAUGAGCAAUACGCAGCGACGUCCUUCGCGGUCUUCUGGCGGCGGCGGCGGCGGCGGCGGCGGCGGCGGCAGUGGUGGCACAAGGGGAGAGAAGCGCAAGGAAAAGGGAGCCAAAAAGACUGGAAUUAAAGUUGCCGGCGGCGGCGAGGUGGUGAAACUUUCCAAUGGAAAACUUGCCCUUGUCAGGAAGCCAAAGCAGUCGUCCAAGCAAUGA